UCGUCACAUCCGAAGUUGAAGAAAAGGGUUCGCACGUUUUGCUUCCUCUUAGCGUCCGAUUACACACGCACACAAACCGUAGACGUUUCUUCAGGUGUCCCGCACAACAUUUACAUUGUGAUAGACCUCCCGUACAAGCUGCUAUGAAACAUUUCACCUCGGGGGGGAUGCAAGAGUGGGAAAAGUUGUGUUAAUUCGUUGCAGCGUGAUAUCGCAGGAAGCGAGGCGACGUUUGGUGAACAACGUCACGCAGUGACCGGCUGGAAGAGCAACACCUCAACGUUACACCAAAAUGGCAACCCCCUAUGUCGAAGAUGAUUCUGGGAAAUACAUUGCUGCCACUCAGCGAGCCGAUGGAACCUGGAGGAAGCCGAGGCGGGUGAAGGAUGGUUAUACUCCACAGGAAGAAGUGCCAGUCUAUGAAAACAAGUUUGUAAAGUUUUUCAAGGGCAAACCAGACCUGCCGCCUGGAAUGAGUCCGUCUGACGCCGCUCCGUCAAAGCAAAAGAUUCCAGGUUGCGGGGACGCCGAUGCAGCCGGUCUCUCAAAGUCCGCCAAACGCAACAUGAAACGUAAAGAAAAGCGAAAACAGCAGCAGGAUGUGGACUCGGUGAGCGACGCCGUCGAGAACGUGUCCAUUUCGGAGAGCGACAAGUAUUCCGACAAGACGGCGGUGUCCGUCUCGUCUCCCAGUAAUUCCUCAGCGGAGGCCGACGAAAAGGCCAAGAAGAUCAAAAACCUGAAAAAGAAGCUGCGGCAAGCUGAGGAUUUGAAGCAUAAAGUGGACUCGGGGGAAAUAACAGAGCCAACGAAGGACCAGUUGGAAAAGCUGCUCCGGGUAAAGGCCCUACAGGAUGAAUUACAGCAGCUCGAGUGUGACUCUUAAAGCAAUGAUGGAAAGCAGAGAGACUAAACGUACAAACUACAUACUGACAGACCGGGAAGGGACCUUUGCUGAUCACGGCGUCUGUUAAAGAUGAUUUUACCUGAUUCAUACUCAUCAUGAACUCUGGAAGUGAACACAGUGCCAGCGCCUUACAGGCAGAGAAUGACCGAUGGUCCUGGUGGCGGCCAUCACGUCGACAGAAUUGACAAGCCCGUUUUCUAGACUUAGAUCUCCAGACAACAGCGUGACUCCUGCUUGCACACGUGUAUUGGCCUGGCCACUCGUUUAUGAAUAUCUUUUCAUUUGUAAAUUGCUUUGUUUGUCCUUUUCCAUUUUGUACCUUUUCAUAGUAUCCAGUAUCACUUGCACAUACAAUAUUUUCUGUGAAAGACAAUAUAGUUUGUUGACUUGUCUACCUUUUUUUUCCCCAGUCAUUGGAUGCCUUCUAGUUGCACCAAUAUUAAGUCACUGUCUAUACAGUCAUGACAUUAAAACAUGUUUAUUUCACAUUGUUUUGAGAGAUGGAGUAAACAGCAGCUUUAUUUUGGGAGGAGGGAUCUAAAACAAAUCUAUAAUGUGGUGUCAUUGUAUAUUUUGGAAACAAGUUAUACACCUAAAGUAUAAUGUUGUUUGUAUUGUAUAUUUUUCCUAUUAUCAAAAAAAUCCCAUGGAAGAAGUUAAUUUGUUGAUCAGUACAACCAGUUUUGUCUCUGUAGCUAAAGCCUGAUGGAGCUUAUUCCUCUGUGCCAUAGAGCUCCAUUGUUAAAACAAAUAAAAAUGCAAUAAAAUACACCCAUGAGCCUGACUGUU